CUCUUCCUCCAAGCCCCACUUGCACUGACUGGCGCACACACAGAUAGAUAUAAACCGGUCGCCGACCAGAAAAAAAAUCUCCUUCUCUCUCUAGAAUUCUAGACAGAGAAAGUGGAAAACCACAAAAGCAACGCCUUUGGACACUCUCCUGUUUAUUUAAAAUAAUCAACGGCGAGAACUCCGAAAGCAGAUCAGCAAAACCGAACUAUUACAUUUUCGGUCACCUGCAAGUGUUCGGAAUCGAUCACGAUCGCCGAUUAAGCGUCGCCGUUUUUCGGCUCUGUAAUGUAAUCGGAGUUUUUGGUAGUACGAUUAAUGGAACGGUCGACGACGGGACAUGGUUUUGAGAUGCCGAUCAUGCACGACAGUGAUCGGUACGAUUUCGUUCGAGAUAUUGGAUCGGGCAAUUUCGGCAUAGCGCGACUCAUGAGAGAUAAGCAGACUAAAGAACUCGUUGCGGUCAAAUACAUCGAAAGAGGCGACAAGAUUGAUGAAAAUGUUCAAAGGGAAAUCAUUAAUCAUAGGUCUUUGAGGCACCCCAACAUUGUUAGGUUUAAAGAGGUCAUCCUGACACCAACUCAUUUAGCUAUUGUGAUGGAAUAUGCAUCUGGAGGAGAGCUUUUUGAGCGAAUAUGCAGUAAAGGGCGCUUCAGUGAGGAUGAGGCUCGCUUCUUCUUUCAGCAACUAAUAUCUGGUGUCAGCUAUUGUCAUGCAAUGCAAGUAUGCCAUCGGGACUUGAAGUUGGAAAAUACGUUGUUGGAUGGCAGCCCUGCUCCUCGCUUGAAGAUAUGUGAUUUUGGGUACUCUAAGUCCUCUGUGCUGCAUUCACAACCGAAAUCAACAGUGGGGACUCCAGCAUACAUUGCUCCAGAAGUGUUACUUAGGCAAGAAUAUGAUGGCAAGAUUGCAGAUGUAUGGUCGUGUGGGGUAACAUUAUAUGUUAUGCUGGUUGGUGCAUAUCCUUUUGAGGACCCCAAUGAACCAAAGGACUUCCGAAAGACAAUAAAUAGGAUUUUACAUGUCCAGUAUUGCAUUCCGGAAAAUAUUCAAAUAUCUGCUGAAUGUCGCCAACUUAUCUCAAGCAUCUUUGUUCUAGACCCUGCACAGAGGAUUUCCAUUCCUGAAAUAAGAAACCACGAGUGGUUUCUAAAGAACCUCCCAGCUGAUCUCAUGGAUGAGAGGAUGAUGAGCAACGAGUUUGAAGAGCCUGAUCAACCCAUGCAGAGCACUGAUAUAAUAAUGCAAAUAAUAUCUGAGGCCACUGUUCCACCAGUUAGCCUUUAUAAUAACCACAUGGAUGACGACAUGGAGGACCCGGAUGAUAUGGACUCUGAUGAUCCUGAUCUUGAUAUUGAUGUUGACAGCAGCGGGGAGAUCAUCUAUGCCAUGCCGUGAUUGCCGUCUCAAUUUGCGUAGGGUUUGCUGGUUUCUGAUUAUCCAGCUUCCUGAACCAACUUUUGAACCAUUCUGGGCCGUAAACUUUUGAACCAUCUGGGCUUAAUGGCUGUGUGAAAAUCGAGUUUAGUGUGUGUGGUAGAAUACAUAUUAGAUUACCUUACCUUAGUUGUAGUCAAAUAUCAAUAGGUAGAAGAUGGCCAUGUGAUACCAGUACAUAACGUUCUUAAAAGUCUUCUGUGGAGGAGAAGUUUUUCACUGCUCUGUUGGGAGGGACGGAAAGGGAGAGAGAAGGAAGUUGUUGGGAGGAUGUGGAAGUCAAUUCCAGUGAGAACACACACACAUACUUGUUGCUCGAAGUCUGGUUUGUUCAUAUUUCGAAAAAAGUCUGGUUUGUUUAUCAAUUUUGCAUUUAGCAAAGUGUUUUGUUUGUUUUAUUUUCAAAUACCAGUGUUGUAUAAAUGUUCACUCUGUACGACAGUUGUGUUAUAGUUACUGUGAGUUGCUUUA